AUGCAUCUGGUAGUGAACGCCCUCCGAACCCUAGCCCUCGCGGCUCUGGCAGCCCCGUCGCUUGCAGGCCAUUGCCCUCAAGAUUCGCCUAGAGCCAGAACCAAAAACGGAACACUCUGCGGCGUGCGUCUGCCUUCAUUCUCCCAGAAUGCCUUCCUGGGUGUCCCAUUCGCCCAGCCGCCGGUCGACGACCUCCGACUACGGCACCCCGUUCCCUACAAUAAGCGGUACAAAGCGUACCCUGCAACGUCGCAACCAGCCAACUGUCCCGGCUACGCCGGAUUCGAAGUCGGCAUUGGCCCGUUGAGCGAGGACUGCCUGUACCUCAACAUUAUCGUUCCGGACACUGCUUCCCCGGCGAAGCCACUCCCCGUGCUAGUCUGGAUCUACGGCGGCGGCUUCACAGCCGGCGGCGUCGCCGACCCCAGAUACAACAUGUCGUAUAUCGUCCAGCAGUCCGCCGCAAUCGGCAAGCCCAUCAUCGGCGUGAGCAUCAACUACCGCGUCGCGGGGUGGGGGUUCCUCGCGUCGAGGGAGGUGCUCGCGGCGCGGGCGGCAAACAUCGGGCUGUAUGACCAGCGGCUUGCCCUGAGGUGGAUCCGCGAGAAUAUCGCGGCUUUUGGCGGGGACGCAGAGAAAGUUGCUAUCUGGGGUGAGAGUGCCGGGGCGUUCAGCGUGGGGUACCACCUUGUGGGAUUCGACGGGGAGAAUGAGGGUCUGUUCCGCGCGGCGAUCAUGGAUAGUGGGACGAUGCUGGGGCCGGCGCUUCAGGAUAAAGAGCUUAUUGUCGCUGAGGACGGGUUCCAGGCGAUGUAUGAUAAUGUUACGGAGACGGUGGGGUGUAAGGGUGCGAGCGAUACCUUGGCGUGUUUGCGGACGGUGCCGUAUGAGGUGCUCUUUGAGGCGUUUAAGCCGCAGAUAUACACGCCUGUUAUUGACGGGGAGUUUAUCACGCGCAAGCCGAGUGAGACGCUUGCGCUGGGUAAGGUUGCAGACGUCGCGGUGCUGGUUGGGGCGAAUACGGAUGAGGGGACGGCGAGUUUUUGGGGGCCGAGGGGGACGCUGAAUACCACUGCUGAUGUUGCUGCGUAUAUCCAUACGCUGAACGGCGGCGGGUUGAGCGACGAUGAAGUUGAGGAACUGCUGGCGCUUUAUCCUGAUGAUCCUGCGCAGGGUUGUCCGUACGGUACUGGUUCUGAGCGGUUCGCCAGUCAGGGCUGGAUGUACAAGCGAGGGGCUGCCAUCGCGGGCGACAUAUUCGUGCAUGCUGGGCGACGCGGGCUGGUGGAGUACUAUGCCGGGAAGAACCAUGCCAAAGACCAACAUCGACAGAGGCCGGUGUACAGUUAUCGGUUCGACCAGCCGCCCUGGAAUGGGAUUCUGGAGCUGAUUGCCACGGUACCGCCGGUUUACAGCACGCACUACGCAGAGCUCAUCUUUGUGUUUAACAAUCCGUCUCGGAAUCUGUCCAACUAUAUCGGACCGUAUCCGUCCUAUCAUCAGCUAUCGGAGUUCAUGUCCCGGUCUUGGGCCUCUUUCGUGCAUGACCUGGAUCCGAACGGGCACGCGGUGGACGGUGUCCCAUACUGGCCAGAAUAUGAACUGUCGAAACCGCAGAAUAUCGUCUUCCGCACCGUGGGCAGCGUCAAUCGUAGUGGGAGCUAUGUGGAAGAUGAUACCUAUAGAAAGGAUCAGCUGAAGUGGUGGAAUGCUCACUGGUCUGCAUUGAGAUGUUGA